AUGUCUGCCACUGCUCCUCGACUCGUUCGAAUUGCUGUUCUUGAGUCUCUUCAGUUUCCGGAAAAUAUUGGCCGAGAGAGAGGCACAUUCACCACUGUCUUUGGAAACUGGCUGGAGAGGUCGGUAACAGAAUAUAAUACCAAACGCAGAGUCUCGGAACAGGUAGUGAUUCGGGCAACUGGGUUCAUUGUUGUGGAUGGCAAGUAUCCAGAACAUGUGGGCCACGACUUUGAUGCAAUCAUUGUAACUGGUUCAAUGCAGUCCGCAUAUGAUAAAACGCCUUGA